UCUAUCAUAUAUAUGCAUGUUCAGUAGCUUCAAUCUAUCACUUUUUCAUCUUCAAUAAGUAAUAAAUUUCCAGAAAUGGGCAACGGGGUCGGAAACUUGAAGCACUGUUUCGCCGGAGAUGGCGGAGAGGUUUCCCGGCGACGCCAUGAGAUCGCUGUGUAUAUAUCUGAUCCUAUGGAUGAAGGUCUGGGCCAUUCUUUCUGCUACGUAAGGCCCGACCCGUCGUCGAAAACUAACCCUUUCUCCUCCUCCGAUGACUCCUGCUCUUCCACCACCAGUUCCUCCAUUACGACGGCGUUUCUCACCAUCUCCGGCGCCUCCAUCUCCGCCAAUACUUCCACCCCGCUCUCCACCGCCCUCGUCGACCUCGGCCCGUACAUGGAAAAAGCCGCGGCUUUCGAGAGCUCCCCGUUCUUCUCCUCCAUCCCUUUGCAGCCGAUUCCCCGGAGUUCCAUUUCCUCCGUCCGGUCCGGCCCGGUUCCGGGCAUAUCGGGGGUCAUCUCCGGGCCGGUUGAGCGCGGGUUCUUGUCCGGCCCCAUAGAGAGGAGUUUCACCUCCGGCCCUCUGGAUAAUCAUGAACUCCAUAGGUUCAAACCCAAAUCCAAGAAAUCAAAACUUGUUCGGAAUUUCAAGAAACUUAUGUCAAAUAGCAAUGGCGGAAAUUGUUUGAGCAGUGAGGGUAGUUUCGGCAAUGAUGUUAUUGAUGAAGAAGAUGAAGGCAUUGAGUCGUUGAUGGCUGAAAAUGUGCAGUGGGCUCAGGGGAAAGCAGGAGAGGACAGGGUCCACGUGGUGAUCUCCGAGGAACAUGGGUUGAUUUUUGUGGGGAUUUAUGAUGGUUUCAACGGCCCAGAUGCCACAGACUUUUUGCUACAAAACCUCUACACAAAUGUGUUCAAGGAACUCAAGGGGGUGCUAUGGAAUGAAAGGCCAGAGACGAAAAACACUACUGUUCCAUUGGUGAUUAACCAUUGUGAUGUUCUGAAGGGUCUUUCGGAGGGAUUGAGGAAAACUGAAAUGAGCUAUUUGGAGAUAUCUGAUCUGAUGUUGAAGGAGAAUCCUGAGUUGGCUUUAAUGGGGUCUUGUGUUCUUGUGAUGCUGAUGAAGGGUACAGAUGUGUAUUUGAUGAAUGUUGGAGAUAGCAGGGCGGUUUUAGGGCAAAAGCAGGAAUGUGAUCACUCCAUAGCCAAGGAGGAGGCACUGUACAAAGCCCUGUCUGACCGCAAACACAAUCUGCAUCCUCUGCAACUCACUCUUGAUCACAGCACAUCUGUUACAGAGGAAGUUGUGAGAAUUAAGAAAGAACAUCCGGAUGAUGCUUGUGCAAUCAAGAAUGAUAGAGUGAAAGGUUCCUUAAAAGUGACCAGAGCUUUUGGGACAGGCUUUCUGAAAAAUCCAAAAUGGAAUGAUGCGAUUCUGGAGGCGUUCCAGAUCGAGUACGUUGGAACAUCACCCUACAUCAACUGCAUACCUUCAGUGCAACACCACAGGCUAAGUCCAAGAGACAAACUGUUGAUCUUGUCUUCAGAUGGUCUUUUCCAGUACUUCACCAAUGAAGAAGCUGUCUCCGAGGUUGAGACCUUCAUGUCUAUAUUCCCUGAUGGAGAUCCCGCUCAGCACCUAAUCGAACAAGUCAUCUUCAAAGCUGCUAACAAAGCAGGGAUGAACUUCCAUGAGUUGCUUGAUAUUCCACAAGGACAGCGGCGAAUGUACCAUGAUGAUGUCUGCAUCAUUGUCAUCUCUUUCGAUGGAAGGAUUUGGCAGUCAUCCAUCUGAGAGAUCCAAAUUCUGGGACUGAUAAUUGCUUUUCUGCUUUAACUGUUCCAUGACCCCCAUUUUUGCACAGUUCACAAAUAGGGUCUUAGUUCAGGUAGAUGCUGAAGUUUCUUGAUCUGAGGUCCCCUCAGAGAUGAUAGGAAAGAUUGAUUAAUUCAUUUGUUUCUUAGUUACUUCUAGUUUCAAACCAAUUCAUGGAAUUUUGGAGGGAAUCAGGAAGAUUCCUAAAUUAAACUAAUCUCAAGUGCCAAGAAAUUGUUACUGUAA